AUGAGGUUCUCUCUUCUUGGAGUGGAGCUCUCAACAUUUAAGGUUGAACCUGAUGCUGAGGUCGAGGGGACAAAUGUGCCGGAAGAUGAGCUUCCCGGUGAUAAACAGACUGUAGGUGAAGAGGCCGAAGAAUCCCCCGAAGAAGAAGAAGAAGAAGAAGAAGAAGAAGAAGAAGAAGAAGAAGAGGACUCGGAAGAAGAAGAAAGCGGCAGCGGCAUUGAUUCCGAAGAUGAAGACGAUGAAGAAAAUAGCGACGAAGAAGAUGAUCAUGAAGAACAUUCGGAAGACAAUGCUGACAAAAAGAGCCCCAGCCUUCCAGAAACCCGUCCCGAGAAUGAAGGAGAAGGAGGUGAAGGAGGUGCACCAGCGGAACCAGCUGCUCCGGCCUCGGGACCAUCUUCUCCGGCGGGACCAGGUGCUCCGGCGCGCCCACCUGCACAAAAGAAGCAAUUACUGACACUCAAAUCUAUUAAUGCCAACUCCGUACCUAGGAUAUUGAAAGUAGAAGAUUUGGAGAGAUGA